UCAGUUAAAGAAGAUAUAGCUGAAGCAACAAGAAAUGUCUGAAUUUGAUAAGCAUGUCCGAAAUCCCUCUAAAAAUGAGAAGCCUUUCAAUGAAAUCGAAUCCUCAGAAAUCGAUUCAACUCUCUCUUUAUCCGAUUCUCUUCUUCUCAAGAUCCUUGAGAAGCUUCCUGAAUCACAGAGCAACGAUGUUUCACUUGUCUGCAAACGGUGGUUGAAUCUUCAGGGACGACGUUUACGGAGUCUAAAGGUUCUUGAUUUUGAUUUUGUCUUGUCUGAGAGACUUACCACGAGAUUCCCCAAGCUUACGCAUGUCGAUUUGGUGAACGCGUGUAUGAAUCCGCCGCCGAAUUCGGGUAUUUUGCUCUGUCACAAGUCGAUUUGUAUGCAUUUAUCUUCAGAGUCAUCGAAUUGGGAGUUUCUUGAGGAGAAUUUAUUGCACAGUGACGUAAUUGAUAGAGGGCUUAGCGUAUUAAGCAGAGGGAAUUGUGAUUUGCUUAAACUUGUAGUGAUUAACGCUACUGAAUUGGGAUUACUGAGUUUAGCUGAAGACUGUUCUGAUUUGCAAGAGUUAGAAUUGCACAAGUGUAAUGAUAACCUCUUGCAUGGUAUUGCUGCGUGUAAGAAUCUGAGGGGGUUGAGAUUGGUAGGAAGCGUAGACGGAUUGUAUAGUUCAUCGGUGUCGGAUAUAGGGUUAACGUUCUUAGCACAAGGGUGUAGGAGUUUGGUGAAGCUUGAGCUUAGUGGUUGUGAAGGUAGUUUUGAUGGGAUUAAAGCAAUUGGGCAAUGUUGUGAAGUGCUUGAUGAGCUGACUAUUGUUGAUCAUAGAAUGGAUGAUGGUUGGAUAGCUGCGCUUUCGUAUUUUGAGAGUUUGAAGAUAUUGAGGAUUUCGUCGUGUAGAAAGAUAGACGCUAGUCCUGGACCGGAAAAGUUGUUGCGGUCUUGUCCAGCUAUGGAGAGUUUGCAACUCAAGAGGUGUUGUUUGAAUGACAAGGAGGGGAUGAGAGCGUUGUUUAAAGUGUGUGAUGGAGCAACAGAGGUUAGUAUUCAGGAUUGUUGGGGAUUGAGUGAUGAUUCUUUCAGUUUGGCUAAAGCCUUCAGGAGGGUGAGGUUUCUCUCUUUGGAAGGAUGCUCAGUCUUAACAUCAGGCGGUUUAGAGUCGGUGAUUUUAUACUGGGAAGAGCUUGAGAGCAUGAGAGUAGUAUCAUGUAAAAGCAUAAAAGACAGCGAAAUAUCACCCGCGCUCUCGUCUUUGUUCUCACUUCUCAAAGAACUAACGUGGAGACCAGACACUAGGUCUCAUCUCUCUUCGAGUCUUGAAGGUGCCGGGAUUGGAAAGAGAGGCAGCAAAUUCUUCAAGAAGAGUGUUCUACAUUGAACAUAUGUUAUGUUCUGUAAGUGCAAACUCUUGAUAUAGACAAACUCUCUUGUAAAAUAAUACGUCCCAAACUCUUAUGUAUAGCAAUGUUCUGUUGUUAUGUAAAGUAAUAAAACUCUUGCCCUUCA